AAACACCAACGCCAUCUCUAAACCCCCAAACCCUCGUUCCCCUUCGCCAUUAUCCGAACCCAAACCAAGCGCCAAGCUCCGACCACAGAGCCGAGCCCCAAAUGGCCGCCUCCUCCUCCAUGCUGACCGCCGCGUUGCUCUCCUUCUCCGCGCUCCCGGUCUCGCGCCUCCGAGCCGCCCCUCCCACCGCCGCCUCCUUCGCGGCGCUGCGGCGCGCGGCGGCCGCACCCGUCGUCGUGCGCGCGGCGGCCGCCUCGUCCAAGGCCACGGAUGCGGCGGAGGCGGCCCCGAAGAAGAAAAGGGCGACCGGCAUCACCCAGCCCAAGCCCGUCUCGCCGGCGCUGCAGGCAAUCGUGGGCGCACCGGAGAUCCCCCGCACCGAGGCACUCAAGCGCCUCUGGGCCUACAUCAAGCAGCACAACCUCCAGGAUCCUGCAGACAAGAAGGUGGUCGUCUGUGAUGAGAAGCUGAAGGUCCUGUUUGCUGGGCGGGAGCGCGUUGGAUUCCUCGAGAUCGCCAAGCUUCUCAACCCCCACUUUGUGAAGUGAGGAUCCUCUUCCAUGGAGACUGGAGUUACCCUAGAUGGUUUCUAGCGAUCUAGACUUUUAGAGAGUGCGUUGGUUGGCUUUUGUUGGCCCUGAGUUUGCUCGACUUAGUAGGAUCAUCUAGCCCUUCGCUGACAAUGUUAGUGUGCCCCUGAUGGUGGCGGUUAUCUGAAUUGCUGGUUAAUGUCCUGAACACCUUCAACUCGUAUGCUUGUAGCUUGUGUCUUACAGCUCUCGAGUUUAAGAAUUGCCGUGUGCAUCUCAGCUUCCUUAUGAACUA